AUGUUCAGCAUAUCCAACUUGGUUGGAACUCCUAAAUUGGGAGGCUCGAAGCUUGAAUUUACGCCCAUCGGAAAAAGGCGAAACCAAAAUGAACAGCUGCGCCCGUCUCCACGCAUGGCCCUUAACACAGAAAAAGUUACAAACGCAACUUUUGAUUCCACCUAUGAUGAUUCCUCAGACCAUAAUGACACUCUCCAGUCGCUAAUACCGGAAGAGGAAACACAGGGAACUCACUUCCAGCGCGGAACACUGCUUCGUUCACGAGAGCGGAUUGUUUCCGACGGGUCUAGUUCAAUCAAGGAUCUUCAGAGGGAAAACAAAGAUCUCCAAGCAGAAAACUAUAGCCUCAAAAUUGAAGUUGCAACGUUGACAAAGUUUCUCAAGCAAACUCCGGAGGAAAGCCGUGAUAUGGCGUAUGAAAAUGUCGAGCUCAAGCAACAGUUGGCUAGAUUGCUACAGCGCGAGAAAAACGGCCUGGCAGAUUCGCAUGACCAAUCGGCUGCCUUCGAGUCAUUGAAGACGCUGUAUAAAGAGGCAUUGGCUGACCAUGAAGCCGAGAAACGCAACCUUGAGCGGCAAAUUACAGAACUACAACAAGAAGUUGAAGAAUCUCGACAUCUGGCCGCAAGCCGCUCACCUCUGGUACCCAACGAAAUACUAGAACGUUUGGAAUUCUUACAGUCUGAAAAUCAGUCACUUCGGCGGCGCCUAGAAGAUGCUUCCAGUCAUGAUCUCGAUUACUCCUCUCUACAGCACGAAAACAAUGAAUUGAAAACAGAGUUGCAUAAACUUCAAAUGCGCCUUACACAGAUCCCAGAAGAUGCACCUGGCCGUUUGGAGUCUUUGAGCGAAAAUAAUUCCACCUUAGAGAGAAAGCUAGAGUCUGCAAAACGGGAUUUGGAUCAGGUCGAGCGAGAACGGGAUAAUCUCGAAACAAACUUGAGAGCAGCGCGUCUUGAACUUCAAAAUAGUGAUGCAGAAAUUGAGCGUUUGCGCCUGCAAUGUGACGAGUAUAAGUCGCGAUUUAGCGAUUCACGGAACGAAUCUAACAAGGUGGAAGAAGCUAGGAGAGAAGUGAAUGACUUGAGAGCCAAGUUGGGACGCUUAGAAUCGCAAAAAACACUAGAUUUAGAGAGCAAGGACUCCGAAAUUAGUCGCUUGCAAAGAAAGUUAGACGCUCUACAAAAAGAGCUCAAGGAGAAAGAUAAAGACGAGUACAAUUUGCGGAGCCAGGUACGUUCGCUCAUGGAAGAGCGGAACUCUGCCUUUGGUCUUGAAAGCACAGUCAAGCAUUACCAAGAACAAUUAGAAACUCUGCGCGCCAAAGAAGAGUCGCUCAGUCGGAAAAACAGAGAGUUGAAGGAAGAAAUCGCCAAGCUUCAAGACGAUCUUUACUCAGUGAAUACCGAUGCGAGCCGUAUGAACAAAAUGAGGGAAGAACUAGGACAACUUCAGGAUAAACUCGAAUUUUACGAACAAGAGUACACUCUUCUUCAGGAUGCAAUCGAAAGCGCUGAAUCUGAGCUUGACAGUUACCGUGAGAAAGAACGCAGAGCGGAAGACAGAGACACGGAGCUUUUGAAGGAAAUCGAGGAGCUCCGUGCUCGUCUUAAGCGCGCAGAACUAAUGGAGUCACAGAAGUACAAUGAAUCUGCGUUGUAUGAGCUUGAUUCGGUUCACAAAAAGAGAGAGGAAUCGGAAAGACGUCGAUUGGAAACUCAGAUUGAAGCGUUGAAGCUCCAGAUCAGAAGUUUGGAACGCGAGUUGGAAACGGCCAAGACGAAGGGUAAUAGUGUGCUGGACGCAGAUUACCAUAGAUUGCUCAGCGAACGCAGCAAACUACAGAUGGAUUUGGAUGAGAAAGAGUUGAAGAUUCGUGAGCAGGAAAGGAGAUAUUCCAAACUUGAAAACUUGGCGAAGGACAAAGACGCUGUUGUCGAGGCCUUGGAGGCUAGAAUCCGCGAACUCAACAGAGAAUACAAUUCAAGCAUGUUGAAUGAGACUAGCAAAAGUGAAAUCCUUAAGAUGAAAUCCGACUAUGAAUAUCAGAUUCGCACACUCAGGCUUGACAGUGAAAGGUUACAGAAAGACUUGGAAGACCAAAUUCGUUUCUACAAAACAAAACUCGACGUGAUGAUGGACAGAGAAAGGUUUGCAAACCAACAGCCGAACGGUUCUUCCGCCAUAGUGACUUUGCUCGAAAGCCAAUUGGAAGAGUCGCGGAAUUUAAACCGGGACUUGACAGAAAAGUUGUCUGCUAUGGAGAGAGUUAGUCAGGACAUUCCUCGCCGAACAGAAGAGGAACACCGUGCGAAGAUACAGAAUUUGGAAUCCAAGUUGGCGAAAACGCAAGAAGAAUAUCUUGUGAAGCUAAACGAUUUGGAAACAAAAUUACUGAAAGCACAAGAAGAAAGAAUUCGUUUGGAAGAGUCACGGAAGCUGAAUAAGGAGCUCUCGGAACGCAUUGAUGCAAUGGAACGUGCAAAAGAACAAAACAUUGAUCGUUAUAACGAAGAUCAUCGUGGAAAGAUAAAAGAGUUGAAUCUGAAGUUGGCUAAAACACAAGAGGAGAAGAUGACACUCGAAGAGACCGUUGAUUCUCUAGAGACUGACAUCAGGCUCCUUCAAUCUGAGAAAAUGCGCUUAGAAACGAGGUCUGCCAACCUAUCUCAGGAAUUGAGCAAAACUUCUAGACAUUGUGCCAAACUAGCAAGCAAAAUCAACGAAAUGGACCUUCAAGAGUACAAAAACUCCUACAGAAAUGUCGACGAAGCAUUUAAAUCCAAGAAAAUGAAUGCGCAACUACAGCACGAGGUGGAUAUACUUAACAACAAACUUGCUAGUGCUACACUUGGCGACUCGGGAAAUGAAAGUGUGGAAACACGGCUCUUACGCAACGAAGUCCAGUACUUUAAAGCCAAGUUGUACGAUCUCAACAUGCGUGCCAAUGACCUUGCACUUAUGAACUCUUUUGUCAUGUCAUCGAUCAAAAAUUCUAACCAAAUGAUCAAAAAUGAUAUUGUCAAGCUCGCGCAAUGCGGUGUCUACCCUGACUACUCAGAAAUGGGUAGAAGGCAUGGAGGAAAAUUGACUUUGAAGAAGUUGGCUCUCUUUGUUCUCAGUAUGGUGCGGCUUCAGAGACGAAGCGCCAAAGCUGAACAAAGACGCAUAAAGUUGAUGCUGUUGCGCGGAGACAUUGAUCGUGACAGAAUUACGUUGUUGGCUGAAUAA